AUAUGUUGAUGUCCAACAAUAUGUCUGCCUGGUGAAACGAGCAGGCUGCGUAAGCGCCCCGUCUGUGCAGUAAGAGGAUGGCUGGAGACUCUUCUGAAAAAAGAGACCUGGAUAGCUCAGGGGGUAAGGAGCGAAAGCGGAGCCGCUCACGUUCCCGGGACAGAGAUAGAAAGGGUUCUCCAGGGAAAGAACGUAAGCGUCAUCGCUCCCGUGAACGCAAACGCUCCCGCAGCCGUUCAAAAUCUGCAGACAGAGAUCGGCGACAGAAAGACAAAGAAAGAGACCGAGAUAAGGACAGAGACAGAAGCCGUAAGGACCGAGACAGAGACAAGGACAGCCACAGACGGGACAAAGAUCGGAGUAAGAGAUCCAGAAGCUCUUCUCCUAGAUCAAAGGAUGGAAAAAUAAAGAGAGAAAAAGAUGUAAAAAGAGAAGAAGAGGAUGAGGAGGAAAAGAAGAAAGAGAAGGUGCAGCCCCUGUCUCUGGAGGAGCUGCUGGCUAAGAAGAAAGCAGAGGAGGAGGCAGAGGCCAAGCCUAAGUUCCUGUCUAAAGCCGAGCGAGAGGCAGAGGCUCUGAAACGCAGGGAGGUUUUAGCAGAGGAACGCCGCCGGCAGAUCGAUGAGGAGAGGAGGAAGAGGAGGGUGUUCCAGGACAUUGGCAGAAAGAUGUUAGAGGAUCCUCAAGAGCGUGAGCGGCGUGAACGCAGGGAACGAAUGGAGAGAGAAAACAAUGGAAACGAAGACGAUGAAGAACGACAGAAGAUACGGGAAGUGAAGGACAAGAGCAAAGAAUUGCAGGCCAUCAAAGAGCGUUAUUUAGGUGGAAUGAAGAAACGGCGGCGCACUCGACACCUGAACGACAGGAAGUUUGUGUUCGAGUGGGACGCUUCUGAGGACACCUCAAUCGACUAUAAUCCACUGUAUAAGGAGAAGCACCAGGUGCAGCUGUAUGGUCGUGGUUUCAUUGCAGGAAUUGACCUCAAACAGCAGAAGAGAGAUCAGUCUCGUUUUUAUGGCGACCUGAUGGAGAAGCGGCGCACCAUGGAGGAAAAAGAGCAGGAAGAGCAGCGUCUGAAGAAGAUGCGCAAGAAGGAGGCCAAGCAGCGCUGGGACGACAGGCACUGGUCUCAGAAGAAGCUGGAUGAGAUGACAGACAGGGACUGGAGAAUCUUUCGGGAGGAUUACAGCAUCACCACCAAGGGAGGCAAAAUCCCCAACCCUAUCCGCAACUGGAAGGAGUUUGACCUGCCCCCUCACAUCUUGGAGGUCAUCGACAAGUGUGGCUACAAGGAACCAACACCCAUCCAGAGACAGGCCAUUCCUAUUGGCUUACAGAACCGUGACAUCAUCGGCGUGGCCGAGACUGGUAGCGGUAAAACUGCUGCUUUCCUCAUUCCCUUACUGGUCUGGAUUACCACUUUGCCAAAGAUUGACAGGAUUGAGGACUCCGAUCAGGGGCCGUAUGCAGUAAUCUUAGCCCCCACCCGUGAGUUGGCCCAGCAGAUUGAAGAAGAGACCAUCAAGUUUGGCAAACCACUGGGCAUCCGGACGGUGGCUGUGAUUGGAGGAAUCUCUAGAGAGGACCAAGGUUUCAGACUUAGGAUGGGUUGCGAGAUAGUGAUCGCUACACCGGGUCGUUUGAUUGACGUGUUGGAGAAUCGCUACCUGGUGCUCGGCAGGUGCACAUACGUGGUACUGGAUGAGGCUGACAGGAUGAUUGACAUGGGUUUCGAACCCGACGUCCAGAAGAUUCUGGAAUAUAUCCCUGUGACCAAUCAGAAACCGGACACAGAUGAAGCUGAGGAUCCAGAAAAAAUGACGCUGAACUUCGAGUCUGGCAAACACAAAUACAGACAGACGGUCAUGUUCACAGCCACUAUGCCUCCGGCUGUAGAACGAUUGGCCAGAAGUUAUUUGCGGCGCCCCGCAGUGGUCUACAUUGGCUCUGCAGGCAAACCACAUGAGAGAGUGGAACAGAAGGUCAUCCUCAUGUCGGAGGCUGAGAAGAGGAAGAAACUUCUGGAAGUCCUCUCGCGUGGUUUUGAGCCACCCAUCAUUAUCUUCGUCAAUCAGAAGAAGGGCUGCGACGUGUUGGCCAAGUCUCUGGAGAAAAUGGGCUACAAUGCCUGUACACUGCACGGUGGCAAAGGACAGGAGCAGAGAGAGUUCGCUCUGUCCAACCUGAAGGCUGGAGCCAAAGACAUCCUGGUGGCCACUGAUGUGGCUGGUAGAGGUAUCGACAUCCAGGACGUCUCCAUGGUCAUCAACUAUGACAUGGCCAAGAACAUUGAGGACUAUAUCCAUCGUAUUGGCCGAACGGGUCGUGCUGGAAAGAGUGGUGUGGCCAUGACCUUCCUGACCAAAGAAGACUCAUCUGUCUUCUACGACCUGAAGCAGGCUAUCCUGGAGAGCCCUGUGUCCACAUGCCCACCAGAGCUCGCCAACCAUCCGGAUGCUCAACACAAGCCAGGAACCAUCCUCACCAAGAAGAGGAGAGAAGAGACCAUCUUUGCCUGAGGGUUCACACAGCCAGGUCACAAUGGACACUCGUUUGGGCAUCCCUAUCUCUCUGUAUGCCCACUGCUACCAUCACUACCAGUCCUAACCACAAAGGGCUGAUGUGGAAUCUCCUCUGAUUCUAUUAAUUAAGUUGGCUUAACGAAGCUAACUUACUGUUCAUUUCAUUAUUCUACGCUUUUUAGUGCUGUUUUCUCAGGUCACAGUUUUUUGAGAACCACAUAACUUUGCAGGAUCGUAGAGCUUAUACAGGAAUAGUGCACUUAUGCUUUUGGAACCAAUCACAGGUAUGAUUUUCAUACAGCGUUCGUUAAAACACAUUUUUUUGUCCCAUUACAAAAUAAAUGGAAUGAGUGGAAUGUGGAGAAAAUUAAAAUC